AUGGGGAGUGAGCAUGUUGGGCACGGAGGUUCCAUAAUGAAGGCCAACGGAGGCAAAGCGACGAUUUUGGCUCUUGGCAAGGCCUUCCCUCAUCAGCUUGUCAUGCAGGAUUUUCUGGUUGAUGGGUAUUUCAGAGAUACCAAAUGUGAUGAUCCUGAACUUAAGCAGAAGCUGGCUCGACUCUGCAAGACAACAACAGUCAAAACUAGGUAUGUUGUCAUGUCAGAUGAGAUUCUAGAGAAGUACCCAGAGCUUACAACUGAAGGCACACCCACUAUAAAGCAAAGACUGCAUAUUUGUAACGAAGCUGUAACACAGAUGGCAAUUGAAGCUUCACGAGCUUGCAUCAAGAACUGGGGGAGACCUACUUCAGAUAUAACCCACUUAGUCUAUGUCUCAUCCAGUGAAGCUCGACUACCCGGUGGUGACAUUUACCUAGCAAAAGGACUUGGCCUUCAUCCCGAGACUCAAAGGGUCUUGCUUUACUUCUCAGGCUGCUCGGGUGGUGUGGCUGGCCUUCGUGUUGCCAAGGACAUUGCUGAGAACAAUCCAGGAAGCAGAGUUCUACUUGCUACUUCUGAAACCACUAUUAUUGGCUACAAACCACCAAGUGCACAUAGACCGUAUGAUCUUGUUGGUGUUGCACUAUUUGGGGAUGGUGCUGGAGCCAUGUUGAUUGGCUCAGACCCUGACUUAAUCUCUGAAAAGCCUCUGUUUGAGCUUCACACUGCCAUACAAGAGUUCCUGCCAGACACCGAGAAGACCAUUGAUGGAAGGGUCACAGAAGAGGGGAUUAGUUUCAAGCUAGCAAGAGAGCUUCCUCAGAUAAUUGAAGAUCACAUUGAAGGUUUCUGUGGGAGGUUGAUGGGAGUUCUUGGAUAUGAUAACAAGGAGUACAAUAAGAUGUUUUGGGCUGUUCAUCCAGGAGGUCCUGCAAUCUUGAACCGGUUGGAGAAGCGUCUUGAUUUGUUCCCAGAGAAGUUAAAUGCCAGCCGACGAGCUCUGACAGAUUAUGGCAAUGCUAGCAGUAAUACCAUAGUGUAUGUGCUGGAGUACAUGAUAGAAGAGAGCAAGAAGAUCAAGAAGGAACAGCAAGAAGGAGAUGGUGAAUGGGGAUUGAUACUGGCUUUUGGACCUGGAAUUACUUUUGAGGGAAUUCUAGCAAGGAACCUUGCUGUCUAA